AUGAAUGCUUUUUUCGACGGAUAUGUACAUUCUGGUACAACGUUGAAGGAAUUUGUUGAUCAAUUUAAUAAUGCUCUGAGGAAGAAGGUGGAAGUGGAGACGGUAUCUGAUUUCAAUUCGUGCAACCAAACCAUCCCAUGUGUAUCUCCAUUCCACAUUGAGAAGCAAUUUCAAGUAGUGUAUACAAAUGCCAAGUUUAAAGAAGUCCAAAGGGAGCUGUGGGGGAUGAUUUCUUGUAAUUGCAUACCUGGCACUAUAGAGGGUUGUAUUUCCACCUUCAAUGUAUUGGAUGAAAUUUCUACAGAUGACCAUGUCAAAACCGUUCAGUACGUAGUUUACUAUAACGAGGAGGAAUGUGAUAUCAAAUGCACGUGUGCACUAUUUGAGAUGAGGGGCAUUAUUUGUAGGCAUGUCUUUAAAGUUUGUCAAAUGAAGAAGAUUCACAUGUUGCCAGAGAGGUAUGAACUUGUGAUUAAAAGAUGUCUUAAAUUAGCGACGCGUGUAUCCCCAAGUGAUGACCAUGUCAAUGCAUUCAUGCGGGUUUUGGAUGAGUUUGAACAUAAUUUUAAAGGAUUACCAUUUGAGUCUGGUUCAACCAAAGUCAAUGAAAGUGACGUUGUGAAUAAGGGUAAGAAAAUAUUAAGUCCUAACGUUGUUCGAGGGAAAGGGAGACCCCCAACGAAGAUAAAGGUUCCACCUAUGGAGAAGGCUGCAACCAAGAGAAAGAAGAAACAGACUUGUAGGAAAAUAUUUGAUGAUGAACAAGUUGGAGUUGCUGAGGUCCCGGCCCCCCAAGUUGGUGCUAACGUUGAAGAUGUUGUUGUUGGAACCCAAUAUAGUACUGUCAUACAACAAACACCAUCGGGCAAUGAUGAGAAUUAA